CAUAUCACUUCAAAUUCUCUCGCUCAGCAUUGGGCAGUGGGGGAUCGGGAUAUGUAGGAAUGUACAAAUGCUGCCGAGGUGUAAACUACCCCACAUCAAUGAGUAGGGAAGAGCCGGAUGGGAAUUCUAUUUCAGGAUCAAACGAGGAUUGUAAUCUUGCACCAAAAUCCCCAAAGGUGGAUAUUAGUGUACUAGAAACCCCAUGUUUCUGCACUCCACGCCGAAUACAAAAUACCGGCAGUUUCUUGUCUUUUGAAAGGCGCGCUGCUCAAUUGCAACAAGAGACUCCUUCGCGUAAAGGACCAAGCAUCCGAACAUCAAUAUCAGUGCAAAACUCGCUUCUACUGCAUUCUCACACACGAUUUGCAAAGGGCAUCAACCUCACAUGA